AUGGGGAAACGCAAAUGCAAGUUUAACGACCAACUUAAGAAGGAGUUUAAAUCGUUUAAACAAUGUGAUGAUGAUUAUAAUGUGAAGUGCACAGUGUGCAAUAUAAUCAUUAACAUAUCAAAUAAAGGUCGCAUUUCUUUAUUAAAACAUUGCGAAAGCAAAAUACAUAAGGACAAUCUGCGAUCCAUUUCAAAUAACACAAAGCUGACAACGUGGACUGUUUGCAGUGAUGUCAACAGAGUGUCAGCCAGAGAAUUGACACUGGCAUAUCAUACUGCCUACCACAAUUUUUCAUUUUUGAGUUCUGAAUGUACUAAUGAAUUGUUACCAUUAUUGUUUGAUGACUCGCAUAUAGCCAAAAAAAUAUCGUCAAAACGAACAAAGACUGAAGCGCUAAUUAGAGGAGUCAUCGGUCCAUUUGGCUUACAAAAAACAUUGGAUGAAGUCAAAGAUACGCUAUAUAUUUCUGUCAUCACCGAUUGUAGUAAUCAUAAGUCCAUCAAACUUCUUCCUAUUAUCAUACAGUUUUUUUGCAAAGAAAAAGGGUUUGUUAAUCGAAUUGUGGAUUUGGUUACAUUAUGUGACGAGAAAUCCGAAACAAUAUUUGAAAACAUAACAAAAACUUUGGUCAAAUUUGAUCUUGAAAAGAAAUGUAUUGGAUUUGGAGCAGACAAUUGCCCAAUUAAUUUCGGAUCAUUCCAACAUCGUGGAAACAAUAAUGUUUUUUCUCGUUUGCGAUUUUUCAAUGAAAACAUGCAAGGUGUUGGUUGCAGCCUACAUAUACUUGGAAACGCCAUUCAAAAAAUCGUUGACUGUCUUUCAAUUCCGAUGAUAGCCGUAUUUUUCAAAAUAUAUGAACAUUUUUCUAUUCACACUGUGCGAGUAGAAGGGCUGAAAGAAAUUUCAUAUUUGUUUUUUAUUCAAGAUAUUUCACAAAUUUUCAAUAUGGCAUCGAAACAAUUGGAAUAUUCAGCAACAUCAAUUGUUGAGACAUUGGUCAUCAUUGAAGACAUCAUUCUACGAUUAGAAAAUCGCAUAAA